GAGCUUCAUCCGGACAUCGCACGAAACGACGGGAAGGAUUGCCAUGGGAGCGUCACACACCUACACGAGCGCACUUUCGUCGUCGUCGAUAACUCGGACAGACGACACGCAAUGGUUCAUCGGACGCAUCAGUUCCUGAACAAUACAUUCCCAUUCCCACUUUGGUGGGCGUUGUGCGCAGCAUAUGUCUCCAUGGCUUGAUCCCUCCCACCCUUUAGCCAUAUGCUAUGUCUUGCCUUUUCUAGGAUAUGUCUCGUCCCGAUCUCUCUUCCCGUCUUGGGGUUCCCAUGUCCUCUCUCGUCACUGUAGUCUUGGUCUCUCGUCUCGGCUUCAAGUUCUUCCCCUUGUAGAACUGAUUUCUCUCUUAACGCUUAUGGUCUUGGUUUCUGGUCUCGGUCUCAUGUGCGGUCUCAAUCUCAGUCUCUUUGUGCUUACCGGUCUUCAUCUCGUUCUAUCACUGCGGCAUCGUUAAUAUUUCGCAUCAAGUGCGCUAGUGAAAUAUACGAC